AUGGGUUACACGAUGCGAGGCAUAACAUUGCCGCUGCUGCUUCUUGCGCUUUUCGUAGCGUCCGCCUCCGUCGCGCCUAGUGAGUUCCCACACCUCCCAAUCCCGGAGCUACUGGCGGAGACAUUGGCGGUGAUACCGGCGGAGACAGUGGCGGAGAACCUGGCGGAGAGACCGGCGGAGAGACUGGCGGGGAGACUGGUGGAGAACCUGGGGUCCCUGGUGGAGACGCCGGCGACGGUCAGGGCGGUUCUGACAGCCCCCCUGGCGGCGACAAUGGGGGUUCGGAAGGCGGCAACGGCGCGCCACUUAUCGGAGCUGGCGGAAGUGGCGGAAAGGGCAGAAAGGGUGGGAAGGGCGGUAAGGGUGGGAAGGGCGGGAAGGGGGGAAAGGGAGGGAAAGGGGGUAAGGGGGGAAAGGGAGGGUACCCUGGUAACCAGCAGGGUGGGCCUGGCGGAGAGCAGGGGGGAACUGGCGGAGAUCAGGGUGGAUCCGGCGGGGAGAAGGGGGGAACCGGCGGGCAGCAAGGGGGAUCAGGUGGAGAGCAGGGCGGGGCUGGUGGGGAGCAGGGGGGAUCAAGGGGGAGGGGAGGGUAGCCAGACCGCCGGCACGACGAGCACCGGAAAGGGCGGAAAGGCUGGAAAGGGCGGGAAGGGUGGGAAAGGAGGGAAGGGGGGCAAGGGUGGAAAGGGCGGCAAGGGUGGAAAGAAAUAA